AUGAUACACGACGGAUUUGCCGGGGGAGGAAUCUCCAAAUCAUCUCGCAAAAGACAUCUCAAAGAUGUAUAUCACAUCGCAGGAAAGGAGGAAGCACCCGACAUCCCGACGAUCACUUUUACAAAGGAAGACGCAUUUGGCGUCACAUCAGGGCAUGACGAUCCCAUGGUCAUCACUAUUAUACUGGCAAACGCAAAUCUUCACCGCACGCUGAUAGACCAGGGGAGUUCUGCCGACAUAUUAACGGCUUUCGACAAACUCGGCCUAGAAGAAAAAGAACUUAGAGCGUAUCCAGAUAGCCUGUUCGGGCUAGGCGAUACGCCAUUCGAGAUUCAAUCUUCUCUGCUCGCAAUCGAGAUUCAAUCCAAUUUGUUCGCGUUUGAUCUUCGAUUGUCUCUGCUAGCAGUUCGAGCUUCCAUCAUUUCUGCUCGCUUGUUCAUCACCGGGGUUUUUGGUAAUAAUGUUGCUGUUUCGAGCUUGCCGUUCAUAUUUGUGUAUAUUUGUAAAUUGGGAAACAGGGUUGGUGAUCCUGCACAGCUUCCAGCAGCUGUAAUUUCAGAUGUUGCUAAGAAUCAUGGAUAUGGCACAAGCUUAUUUGAAAGAUUGAUGCAAGCUGGCUAUCCAGUUAAAAUGUUGAAGACCCAAUACCGAAUGCAUCCUGAGGACUCAUCCAAGAACUGGAUGAGUUUACCAAGACAUAGCCAAGAGUUUAGAGAUGGCGUCAAUAGAUUCUUGGACUAUGCUUACUCUGUUGGAAAUCCUCAAGGAGAGGAAAUUCUAUGUCCUUGUGCAAAAUGUUGCAACUUCCUUUGGGGUCAAAGAGAGUCUAUUUAUAGCCAUUUAAUAUGCUUUGGAUUUGUCAAGGGCUAUACACGAUGGGUUAAUCAUGGGGAAAGUGUAAUUGGUAUGGAUGUCGAUACUGGUGAUACCGGUGAGAUUUAUUCAUGCGAUGACAUUGAAGGCUUGCUAGACGAAAGGUUUAGGAAUGUGGCAGAUGUUGAGGGAGAAAAAGAAGGUAUGAACGAAGAUGCAAAGAAGUUCUAUAAUUUGGUUGACGAGGCUAGCAAGGAACUAUAUCCUGGUUGCAAGGGAUUUUCUACUUUAUCUUUCACCAUCCGACUAUACUUGUUGAAGUGUCUACAUGGAUGGAGCAAUGCCUCGUUCACUUCCCUCCUGGAGUUGUUGAAAGAGGCUAUUCCUAACUUGAAUCUCCCUUCUUCUUUCAACAAAGCCAAGGCUAUGGUGAGAGAUUUAGGUCUUGAUUAUAAAAAGAUUGAUGCAUGCCCAAAUGACUGCAUGCUAUAUUGGAAAGAGCACGAAAAUGAAACAUGUUGCCAUGAAUGUGGAACUUCUCGUUGGAUUGAGCCUGCGGUAGUUGAAGGUGACAUAUCUUCAAAGAAAGCUCACAACAUUCCUGCAAAGACAUUACGGCACUUUCCCCUAAUUCCCAGGCUUCAAAGGCUAUUCAUGUGCUCAAAGACCGCUAAGAAUAUGAGUUGGCAUCAGGAAGAGCGUAAAAAGGAUGGAAAGCUAAGGCAUCCUGCCGAUGGUCAAUCAUGGAAAGAUUUUGAUAACCGACAUUCAGAAUUCGCCAAGGAACCUCGUAACUUGAGACUUGGUUUGGCGAGCGAUGGAUUCAAUCCGUUUCGAACCAUGAGUAUAUCUCAUAGCACAUGGCCGGUUAUUUUAAUGACUUAUAACUUGCCACCAUGGAUGUGCAUGAAACAAGAAUACUUCAUGCUUUCUCUGUUGAUCCCGGGACCAAAAUCGCCAGGAAAUGAUAUUGACGUGUACCUGCAACCAUUGAUUGAGGAAUUGAAGGAGUUGUGGGAACUUGGAGUAGAAACAUACGAUGCCGCAAGAAAUAAAACUUUUCAAAUGCAUGCAGCUCUCUUAUGGACAAUUAGUGAUUUCCCUGCAUAUGCAAUGUUAUCCGGGUGGAGUACAAAGGGGAAACUAGCUUGCCCUUCUUGUAACUAUGGGACUUGUUCUAGUUAUCUUACACAUAGUCGGAAGAUGUGUUAUAUGGGUCAUCGUGUUUUUUUGCCCGAGGAACAUCCAUGGAGAACUAAUAAAAGGUCAUUUAAUGGAAAAGAAGAACAUCGAAAAGCUCCACCGUUGCUAGAGGGCAUGGAAGUUUUAAGUCACUUAGAUUCUAUGGAGAAUUCCUUUGGGAAGACAAAAAAAAAGGUGAAUGAAGGCCUGUGGAGGAAAAGGUCAAUCUUUUUUGAUUUACCUUACUGGAAGUAUAACACAUCAAGACACAAUCUUGAUGUAAUGCAUAUAGAAAAGAAUAUAGUUGACAGUAUUCUUGGAACUCUCUUGGAUAUAUCUGGAAAGACAAAAGACCACCUAAAUGCUCGAUAUGACUUGAAAGAAAUAGGCAUUCGUAAGAAUCUUCAUCCAAAAGAAAUAAGAGGUCAUAGAAAAGUGAAGUUUGCAAAAGCAUGUUUCUCCAUGACUAAAGCUGAGAAAUCAAUUUUUUGUGAUGUCUUGAAGAAAGCAAAGCUACCUGAUGGUGCUGCCUCAAAUAUUUCUCGAUGCGUGAACCUUGCAGAAAGAAAAGUAUCAGGUUACAAGACUCAUGAUGCCCAUUUUAUGCUGCAUUAUUUGCUGCAAAUUCCCAUCAAAAGUAUACUUCCAGAUUCGGUCGCAAUCCCUUUAAUUCGGCUUGGCUCUUUUUUUCGUCAGUUAUGUCAAAAGGUUAUCACAUUAGAAGAGAUAAAUCAAUUGGAAGCAGAGAUUGUGAUAACACUAUGCCAAUUGGAGAGGAUUUUUCCUCCUUCAUUUUUUGACAUAAUGAUGCAUUUGCCUAUUCAUUUGGCUAAUGAAGUGAGACUAGGCGGCCCAGUUCAAUUUCGGUGGAUGUAUCCUCCCGAAAGAUACAUGUGUACUUUAAAGUCAUAUGUUCGAAAUAGAAGUCGUCCUGAAGGAUCUAUUGCGGAGGCCUACUUGGUUGAUGAGUGUUUAACUUUUUGCUCACGUUAUUUACAUGAUGGUGUUCAAACAAAAUUGAAUAGAAUACCCCGGAAUAAUGAUGCUAAUGACUUUGAAGCGGAAAUUCCACAUUCAUUUCCAAUUUUGUUUCCUAAGAAAGGCUGUCCAUUGGGAGCAAAGAAGGGUGAGAUUUUUUCUCUUGACGACAAGUCUCGAAACCAAGCCCAUAGCUAUAUAUUAUUGAACUGUGGAAAAAUUGAAGACUAUGUUAGAGAGCAUGAGGCUAAUCAACAAGGAACAAGUUGGGUGAAAGCUAAGAACCAUAGUAUGAACUUUCCCUCAUGGUUUAAAGCACGUGCCAUGCGUCAGAAUGUUCCAGAUUGGAUUAAGGAGCUUUCUAGAGGGCCCAACAAGAUUGCAAAAAGAUAUUCGGGGUAUUUUAUCAAUGGGUAUAGAUUUCAUACUAGGCAACGUGAGGCAAGACGCAAGACGCAAAAUAGUGGUGUAACUUUAGUUGCGUUGACUACGAGCUUUGCAAGUGCAAAGGAUCCAAAUCCAAUUCGUGCAAAAGUUUCCUACUAUGGCAGAAUAAAUGAUAUAAUUGAGUUAGACUACUUUGGCAAUUUUAAGGUUGUAGUGUUUAGAUGUGACUGGUAUGAGACUCAAGAGGAUGGCUAUGGCUCUUCGUAUGUUCAAUUCAACAAAAAAUGCUAUCAAGAAGAGCCUUUCGUGUUGGCAUGUCAAGUACACCAAUGCUUCUAUGUGCAAGAUCCAUUUGAUCAAAAUAAACAUUAUGUUAUGAAGUCAAUUCCAAGGGAUUUAUUUAGCAUAGGUGACGAAGCUGAUGUUGAUCCCCAAGCUAUAUAUGAAAAAGAGCCAUCUGACCAGUCAAUGGGUCCUUCUAUACCCAAUGAUAAUGGUGAAAUUGAUUUGAUUAGGGGUGACUUGCACGAAGUUGUUAUAGAUGCUUCAAAAGGAGUUCUUCUUUCACAAGAAUACAACACAGAAUCAGAAGAUAAUUCCGAAGACGAUAUUGAAUGA